AUGGAGUCUGAUCCCCUUCCUGAUGGGGGGCCCCCUAAUAAAGAAGAAGAAAAGGAGACACUAGAGGCACUACAUAAGGCUGCUAUUGAUCUACAUGAGGCCUCCUGGAGACGGUUACAUACUGGUCAUUGGGAGUCUGUCCCUCUUUGGUGUCGUGAGGCUCAUGGUGUUGCUUGUCUCCUUCUUGGUCUAAGUUAUGCUGCUAGUGGAGCAGCAGCAGCAGCAGCAGCAGAAAAUCCUGCUGCAGCAGCAGCAGCAGCAGCAGCAGAUGCAGCAGCAGAUGCAGCAGCAGCACAAGAAGACUUUGUAGAGACAGCAGAGAAGGCAUUUAUUUUUGCCUUUCGUUAUAUUGACUUGGGACUAAUCAUGGGGGGACCCAAAAUUAGGGUUUAUAAACGACUGACAGCAGCAGCUGCUGCUUUCGACGUUAUUAGAGAGAGGUUGCUGCUGCUGCUGCAGCAGGAAGAGGAGGAAGAGGGGGAGGAGGAGCAAGAAGAGGAGGAGGAGGAGGAGGAACAGCAGCAGCAGCAGCAGCAGCAGCAGCAGAGGGACAACACUCCAAGUGUCUCCUUAGAGCCUCUUGUUCCUAUCAAUAGACGACGGUCCCCCGUAGAGGAAAGAACAUCCAUUGGAUUUGAGGAUUUUCUUGUGAAUUACCUACAAAAGGAUAAACCACUCCUUAUUAGAGGUAAUACUCGAGGUAUAUCGGAAUUCCCGUGUGUAAAUUUAUGGAGAGAUUGGCGACGAUUAAGAAAACAAUUUGGUCAUCGAUUAGUCCCUAUAGAAAUAGGUAGUUCUUAUGCAGAAGAGGGAUGGACUCAACGUCUGAUGCUCUUUGAUGAUUUCUACACAGAAUUCAUUGAACCUUCCUCAAAGGGGGGGGCCCCCAUGGAGGGCCCCAUAGGGUACUUAGCACAGCAUGCACUUCUUGAGCAACUUCCCUUCCUUGCUAAGGAAGCACCUAUACCUGAUCUUGCUCUUGCUUGGUUUGUUACGUAA